CUUCAGGGUUGCCAGUUUCAAAUCAUCCAUACAUCCUUUUACGACUCUGGAUUCAGACAGGUGGAUACGACCGCAGCAACAACGCCUUGUUCGGGUUGGUUGAAAGUAUGGAGGACCAUGAAGUGUUUAAAUACAGUCCAAGAAGACGCGGUGCUUGUCUUCGGUCUCAGCCGGACCUUAAUCAUCAUCAGGAUUAUGUGAAAGAUGAAGUGCCCCUUUAUUGUGGUGUUACUGGGCUGAGGGAAACUAUGUCUGCUUCAGGAGACUUUAACCGAGCAGAAGGGGAUUUAUUUUCUGAAAGAAGUGACAGAAACCGAAUGGAUAAGGCCUCCAUCCAACAGCUCAAUGAUAAACUUUGUACUGGUGACAUCCGUUUGGGAGAUGAGGAUGACAACUCAGAAUGUGACCAAACCGUUCUCUCUCUCCCUGGUAUGUCACCCGAUGAAAGUAUACCCUCGGAUGAAGAGCUGCUCCUGGAUCAGAUCAAGGACUUCAGGAAUCCAGACCAGGGCACGAAGACUGAAGUUUGGCAAACAGACUGGCACAAGAAUCACAUGGGAGCAAUAAGCAGCGAGAAGUUUGACAGCCUCCUGAAGAUGAGUCCUGAUUUUCAGGGUUGCAAGAGCCACAUGGCAGCAUUUGUGAUGAUAAGAGAUGUGUUGGAUGCAGCACGCCGUCCUUGUGAGCAGUACAAAGUGGUGGCAGUGGGAGCUGGUCGUUCAAGCUGCAGCAAGUGGCUUUGCUUUAAUGGGACCAUGGUCCAUGACUGCCACGCCAUCAUCAUCGCCAGACGAGCUCUUUUGAGGUUUUUAUACAAACAGCUUCUGCUGUACUAUGAUGCUGAUCCAGAGGCCAAGGAGAACUGCAUUUUUGAGAGCAGUACAGACAGCCACCAACUUCAGCUCAAACCUGGGAUCAGUCUGCAUCUCUACACCAAUCAGUGUCCUGAAGGAGCAGCGAAGAACUUCUACUUCAAGGGUCCUGCAAACAGCACUUGGGCUGCUAUGAAGCUGCAGUAUCAUGCCCAAGGUGCACUGGUCCCAGUAGCCUACCUUGAACCGAGUCUGUGGGGUGCAAAAGUCUGCUGCAUGUCCGGUAGUGACAAGAUGUGUCGUUGGACCGUCACUGGGAUUCAGGGUGCAUUACUGACCCACUUCAUCCAGCCACUCUACAUCACCAGCAUGGUGCUAGGGGGCCAGAAGGCCAUUAAUGACGAAGUGUCUGAUAUCACCAACAAGCGCCUGGCCGAUGACAUGGAAGACUUUCUGCCGUCAUCCUACAAAAAGAACAACAUCUUCUUUCUCUGUGGCGAAUAUGUUGGGCCUAAUGCGACCUCCCCGCGACAUGACGAUCUCAGCAUCAACUGGUGCCUCGGAGACAAGGAUAUCGAAGUACUGGACAGCGGGAAGGGCUUCAUCAUUGAUGGCUCUCCAUCUGUGAGUGGGCCUGGCUUCUCCAGCAGACUUUGCAAGAGAGCCCUCUACAGUUAUUUCCUCCGAGUUGCUCAGCUAGCUGGACAUAGCUAUCUGCCGGAGCUCCCCACCUACCACAGUGUCAAGGUGGAAGCUGUGGUCUACCAGACAGUCAAAGAUCUGGUCAAGCAACAGUUUCUGAGUAACCAUGCAGGUCCCUGGAACUCAAAGAAGUUGGUGGACUGUUUCAGCAUUUGAAUGUGCUCCCAGAAAGGGACCACGUUGAUGUUUAUCCCAGUUCUUCAGAUUUAGUUCAUUGUUGAGUGCACUUCAGUUUUUCUCAAUAACAGUACGUUUAGUUUGUUUUUGUAGAAUAUGUUCAUGUUUUCAGUUUGUGUAGGUGUUUGAGAAAAAUAAAAGCAACCCGACUGUUUGCACCA